ACAUAGGAAAGAGGGAUGCCUACAAAAAAUCAAUUGAUUCGUCAUGGUAGAGAAGAAAAACGGCGCACGGACCGUACUCGAGCUUCAGAUCAAUGUCCCCAGAAGCAAGGAGUAUGCCUGCGUGUUUCGACGAGAACACCGAAAAAACCUAAUUCAGCUCUACGUAAGAUAGCAAAAGUACGGUUGAGCAAUCGACAUGAUAUAUUUGCUCACAUUCCAGGCGAAGGUCAUAAUUCGCAGGAACAUUCUAUAGUCUUAGUCAGAGGAGGUAGAGUGAAAGAUUCGCCAGGUGUGAAAUCCCAUCGUAUUCGAGGAGUCAAGGAUUUGCUGGGAAUUCCGGAUCGUAGAAAGGGAAGAUCUAAAUAUGGUGCAGAAAGACCUAAAUCGAAAUGAAUGGAAGAUGCCUCUGGAACUUUUGGGUUCU